AUGACUAUCUCUGCGCAAACGAAUGCAGCUGUUGCUGAGCAACCCAGCAGCUCAGCACAACAGGUCGAAUGCGCCGAUACAGUCAACGACACUUGUCAGGAUACCAAAGGCCAACACCAAGAAGGCGAGACCGAAAAACAAGAUUAUGUCGGACCAUGGCCCCUCAGACGUCGCAGUAACUCCAGCUGGACUGUCCUGAUCGGUGAGAGUAGCGGCGCCAGAGAUCCGAUUUCGAAACCCGUGGGAAACUCUGCCGCGAUUAAGAAUAUCAACAAUCCCUUUAUAGCAGGCUUCGCUCCUGAAAACCCCUUCUGCGACAAGUUUCAAACUGAGGGUUCAAGUUCCGUUGCUACGAAAGAAAGUGUCGCGGAUUCCUGGCCGGGAGGCGGAGGGUCGGAAUUCAGCCUGACUCUGGAACAAGUGGACCGACAAACCGAAGCCAUCCAGUGCAUCUUGCGUGAGGAAACAAGUUCUUCUUGGCACAACGAGGAUGGGAGGCAACACAAUGCAAUCCAAAGGGAUGGAGGAGGACAGCUUCCAGAGAGCUCGACUGAUUCGGAAAGACAAGAACAGCACUCUUCCGCACAAGAUUCCUGGAUCACGACACGACAGCAAAUAUCAGGAAAUAUCGAGCGGGAAGCGGCCGCCACAACUCUCAGCCAGCUUGAAGCCGAGAGUUGUCAAGCUUGCAGAGAACAGGGCUCAGUCGCACGAGCAGGGAGGUGUAUGCUUGGACUGACAGCGGCCAUCCUGGGGGCGAGUCCAUACUUGGUGUUCCAUAUCUUCGAGGAAGAGUUCAUGCAGGCCAGCGCGAUGAUAAAAGAAAAACAGAGAACCUUCCUGUUUCUGUCACUCCUAGCCAUCCCAGUAACUUCAGCUUUGAGCAUGGUGUUCCUAGCCUGGCUGGGCCUGAAUGUCUUGGGGCCGCACAGACGACGAAUGAGUGGAGGAACCGAGUAUUUCAAGCUCUGGCUGUGCUUUACCUUUUUCACUGUCUGUGGGUAUUCCCUGCUUGCUGCUGUCAUCUACAAGUAUGCGAUAUGA